ACACACGCACGUCCUGCUACUUUUGUGGAUUACUGUUUUUAUGGCAAUGUUUCUAACCUACUUUUUAAUAACCACAUUUUGUACUACUGUAAUCUGGGUUCAAGCUGAUAAAGGAGAACUGCAAACGCUCCGUCGACAGAAAAGAGAAUGGUUCACCCCUCCAAAGAAGCUGAUGGAGAAUGUGGAUUAUACCAAUCAAGAAUUCAUUAUGAAAGUAAUCUGGGUUCAAGCUGAUAAAGGAGAACUGCAAACGCUACGUCGACAGAAAAGAGAAUGGUUCACCCCUCCAAAGAAGCUGAUGGAGAAUGUGGAUUAUACCAAUCAAGAAUUCAUUAUGAAAGUAAUCUGGGUUCAAGCUGAUAAAGGAGAACUGCAAACGCUCCGUCGACAGAAAAGAGAAUGGUUCAUCCCUCCAACGACGCUGAUGGAGAAUGUGGAUUAUACCAAUCAAGAAUUCAUUAUGAAAAUACGAUCGGAUGAAGAGACCAGGGAAGAUAUUAGAUAUUAUCUAAUAGGAUCUGCGGCGGAUGAAGGAUUAUUCACCGUCAACCCAAAGAAUGGCUAUGUCAGGAUCCAUGGCAUCUUGGACAGAGAGAGAAACGCGAUUUAUGAACUCAAAGGGACAGCAAUGCUACCAGAUGGACAAAAGGCUCAAAAUGACCUCAAGUUCAGAAUCAUUGUUGAAGACCAGAAUGACUGGCCCCCUUCUUUUAUUAUUUCAUUCACUGGUUCUGUUGAAGAGCUCAGUGACAAAGACACUUCUGUAAUUACAGUCACAGCCUAUGAUGGUGAUGAGCCAGGCACACCGAAUUCAAAAAUUGCAUACAGGAUUAUUCAGCAGGAGCCGGCGAGAGAGUCAAUGUUCAAAAUUGAGCGAUCGUCUGGUGAAAUCAAAGUCAAAAUGAACACUCUGGACAGAGAGACACAAGACACGUACAAACUGAUAAUCACAGGCACAGACAUGGACGGACGCUAUACUGAUCCCCAAAACAAACCACUGACAGGAACAGGGACUGUGACCAUCAGCAUACUUGAUGUCAACGAUAACAUCCCCAUAUUAGAGGACGGCUCUUAUGAGGGGACUGUGGAGGAGAAUAGAAUGAAUACGAAAGUGGAAAUGGAAGUCCGAAUUAAGGCCACAGACAAGGAUAAGAUUCACACGGAAAACUGGGAGGCUGUGUACACCAUCAUUUCUGGAAAUGAGGCCGGUUACUUCGAUAUCAGCACGGACCCCAAAACUAACGAGGGCAUCCUAGCAGUCAAGAAGGAGCUGAACUAUGAAGAGUUGAAAGAGAUCGAUCUGGAAGUGGUGGUCGACAACAAGGCGCCUUAUCACAAGUCAGUGGUGAUUGGUAAGCGCAGAAAAUACCCCAUUAAGAUCAGAGUGCUAAAUGUGCCUGAAGCCCCUCAGUUCGUCCCCGUUGUCAAAACUGUCUCCAUCUCUGAAGACAGCACCACCAUUGACCUGAGUAAGGUCAUCACCAUCUUCACAGCCAAUGACACUGAUACACAAUCAACGGCCACUAAUAUCAGGUAUCUAAAAGGAAAAGAUGUUGACAACUGGGUGAGCAUUAAUGAGAAAACAGCUGAGAUCAAACUCAACAAAUAUCCAGACUACGAGUCCAAGUUCCUGAACAAUGGAGUUUACUACAUGACAAUCUUAGGCAUCACCAAUGAUUUUCCACCCAAAACUGCGACAGGAACUCUUGCAAUUCAUGUGCAGAAUUUCAAUGACCACUGUCCAGUUCUGACCAGCUCAGUCGAAACGCUGUGUUACGGCAAGAGGGAACUGAAAGUCACAGCCAUGGAUAAGGAUAAACACCCCAAUGCUGAACCUUUCCAAUUCAGUUUGGUUACCAACAGCACAAAAGAGAACUGGAGCACUGAGAAUCUCAACAAAACAACAGUCACUCUGCGCAGUCAGGAGAUCCUGUGGCCAGGACAUUACACAGUGGCACUGCAUGUCCCAGACCAGGAGGGAAAGUCCUGUGAGGUUCAAAAGCUUCAGGUAGCCGUGUGCACUUGCACUGAGGCACAAGUGUGUCAACAUAGGGCACAGACCAGAUCAGGCAAUAUACUGGGAACAGGUGGAAUUCUGGUAGCACUGCUAGGAAUCCUACUUCUUUUGUUGAUUCCAGUGCUUUUGCUGUUUUGUGAGUGUGGAGAUGCUACAACUCUUGAUGGUUUCAAGGCCUUCCCCUAUGAACAAAGCCAGCAACUUGUCAUCUACUGCACUGAAGGCAAAGGAGAGCUUAAGGAACUACCACUGCGAUCUCAGAGACCCAUUGACAGCAGCGGGAAAUUCGAAGCUCAAUGACAAACAACUUGUUAGGUCAAAUUUUAUUAUCAGUAGGUUAAAUCAAGAUAUAUGUAGAUAUAUGUAAGUUUAGUUAAGUAUUAAUUCUUGGCUUAUUCUGUGUCAAAAUUAUAUUAGUUGAAACGACCUGAGUCCGGCUGGACAUUGUUUUGGAACAUUUUGUUUAUUCUUUGAUAUGAAUGUGUAUUUUGAACAGAGAAGUGUCUGAAGGUCUGUUUUAGUGUCAGAUCGACUCACACACGCUCUGAAAUGGUAGAAUUAAAGUUCAUGUUAAUUCAUUCAGUUGAAACCUAGGUCAUAGCUUCAUAAAAGCUAUGAAAUAUACUGAAAUAUAUUGAAAUAUACUAUGGUAGUGAUUUGGAUCCCGUAAUUAAUGAAUGCAU